ACUUGUUCUAUUUCGAUUUUAUAUUUCAUUCUCAUGGGUUCUUCUUCCGUUAUUGUCACUUUCAAAUUCGAUACUCCCGAUGCUGUGAUUGAGGAGCACGUUCGCGCUACCGAAGCCAACGGCGGAAUUAUCAAGCAUCGCUAUAACGCCGCUAUCAAGGGAUACAGCGUAGAAAUUCCUGACGAUGCUGUUCAAAGCUUCUCCUUUGAUGAUGCAGCUAUCGAUGCUGUCGAAGCCGACGGUGAGCUCACUACCCAGGGCCAAAGCUUGUUACGCAAGUAAUGUAGAACUCUGUCCGAAUUCUUCUGUAUUCCCCACUGUUGUUUUCCCUCUAUUCCUUUGAAGAAUACACUGUCUUGGCAAAGGUUCAUUCGCUAGCCUUAUUUAAGCAUAGAUUUGGUCUUUUUAUUCAAUGACGCUGUCGAGGUUAUGUUUUGGGAAAGAGAAGCAACCAAAUUUGGAAAUACAAAUUCCCAUAUGCGUCAUGGCGGCGAAACACUGGCGUCUCUAUGAACCGUGUAGAUGAUUCGUUCUGGG